CGCGCGGUGCCAGCCGAGCGACAUUCCUGAGGGAUGAAAAAAAAAAAAAAAAAAAAAGUCCAAGAGCUGUUGAGAGUCAGUCAGUGUGUUGCGUUAAAUGCUCAGACCCGUUUGACGAGACGAACUGUCCUCUCUAAGAUGAGUGUGAGUAUUCCUACUCAACCUCAUUCCUCCGCAGAGACCGUCUCCUGUGCGCGUGGGACGCGAACUGCUGUGGAUCGGAGCGGAUGAGACGCGCACACAGGUCGAUACGAGUGUUUGUAGCAGGUGUAUUUUUUUACGGGUCGCGCGAUGAGAGGCUGAAGAAGAGUCAACUCACCUGAGCAGAGAGGCUUUUGUCGUUUCGGUGGACAAUUCGCAACAAUGGAUCAGGACGACAGAAUGGACUUCAGGGCCCUGAGGGCCAAGUUCCAGGAAGAAGAACUGCUCCUGAAGCAACCCAAGAUCAAACCUGCUCUCCCAGAGAAGCCAAAGGUGGUCCCUCCUCCCCAGAGCCCCCCUCACUACCUCCCUGCAGGAGCACGCCCCUCCCUGCUCACCUCCAUCAACCAGACCCUGGACGGGAAGACGGUGAUAGCGCCCAGAGUGGUUUUCAAGGAUGACAAGAAGGAGAGCAAGAAGCCUCUGUUCCAGGCCACCUCAAAGGGAAAAGACAAGAGUGAGGGGAAAGUGAAAAAAAGUAAGGACAAGACUAAAGGAAGCAAAGAGAAAGAAGAACAGCUUCUUGAUGAGCAGUCGGAUCAGAAGCAGAAGAAAGAGAACGGUAAGAAGUUCAAUCUGCUGCUCCCUGGAUUACACAAGGAGAACACUGCAGAGCUGGUGCCGGCCAUGCCUCCACCUAAAGGCACUACAACGAAGAAGAGCUUCAUGGGUUUGAGGAAGACCAAAAAAGAAGCAGGGGAGAUUCUUUCUGACCCCAUUCUGGACAGCCCCAGCUCAGACGCUCCCAUACAAGCUCCGCUCAUCCCGGUGCCUUCUGAAUUUGGUGACUCACCGACAGAGCCUAAAGACUCUGCACCGCAGGCUCUCCUACCCCCCUUACCUGACAGCAGUGCUGCAGUGGAAAUCACCCCGCCCUCCACUAUCCCUGCCUCUCCCGACUUCACCCCACCCCCCGCCUUUAUCCCCGAAAUCCCAACUCCUGAUGUUUCAACCCCAGAGAGUGAAACCCCGCUGGAGAUAGAAACUCCUGCCCCGCCCGUUUCCAGGCCUGCCAGCCAGAACGAAAUCAGUCCGCCUAGUGUUGUCCCGACGCCUCCAGCGGCCUCCACUCCCUCUCCAUCACCUCCUGAGCCUGAGCUGGCAGCUGAUGCUGUUACGGAGGCUGUAAACAUGAUCCCAGUGGAGAAGCCCCCUUCUCUUGUAGAUCCUCCAUCUAUUUCCCCUUCUCCUAAACCUGAGCGUCCGAUCACAGCGCUCACAGCCCUGGAGAGGGCGGGGGACAUGAAAAAGACUCUACAGUGUGACCAGAGGAUCUUCAAUGCUCUGGAGAAGGCACGCAAAAAGACCAGCCCGCGGACGAGCUUCACCUCAUCCUACUCCAUGACCCCGCCUCCAGAGGAGUUUCCCCCUCCUCAGAGUUCUGUCCUCCCCAUCCCAGAGCUCCCACCCAUUGAUUAUGAGGACCGAGGAGGAAACGCCCUCCCGAAACCAGCAGAAGUUAACGGCUUUGACCACCGGCCAUCCUCUCCAGUGUUGGCAGGUAUCAUUGAGGAGGGGGGGUCCGACCCUACCCCAGAGCUGCUGGUGGUUCCACCUCCUCUACCCAGGAAGGUCCUCCCAGACCGUGCGUCCCUGGGUCCUCCUCCAAUGAAGCCUGACAGACCCCCCUCGGUCAACCUGAGUGAAUUCACUGCUCAUGCUCCCUCUGUGGAAGAGAACGGGAUCCUUGCUCCUCUUGACUUCUCAGAGACCGACACCACGGACGUCCCAGAGUUUGACGACGUGACUUCAGACACUCAUUCUCCAGAUCUGCCGGCGUCCUGCUGGGGAAACGAGGAGAACACGGGUCCGGAUACUCCAGAUGGACAGGACCUGCCGGACUAUUACAGUAAUGAGAUAGUUACGCCAGGAGCCGAGGUCCCCGCAGGACAAGAUACUCCACAACCAGAAGCCUCCAUGUCCAUAUCUCAGGAAUCUCUACCACAGGCAGAGCUCCAAGCUCCAGUCAACAACAGCAUCUACGAGAGCACGGAGAAUGUGUACGAGGACAUACCCACGUCUGCCAACAAGAAGAAAGGAAAGACUGACGGGAAGAAACGCAAGGGCCCACCAAAGAAUCCAUAUGCUUCUGAGGCACUAUCGCAAACAAUCGAAGAGAAAACCAAGACGGGCAGGUUCGGCAAGACCGACAAGAAGGCAGCUGCAGAGGGGCCCGACGAGAAGGAGCUGAAGAAGAAGGAGAAGCAGCGCCUGGAGAAGGAGAAGAAGGAGCUGAAGGAGAAGCAGGAGAGGGAAAAGAAGGAGCAGAAAGAGAGGGAGAAGAAGGAGAAUGAGAUGAAGAAGAAAUUCAAAAUCACUGGACAGGAGGAAGCCAUGUACGAGGCAAAGGUAACCGUGACGACCAAGGGACGCAAGAACGACCUGCCCGUCAAGAGCGGUGACAACAUCAGCAUCAUCCGAACAACCAACUGUCCCAAAGGGAAAUGGCUGGCGAGGGACAGCAGCAAUAACUAUGGGUACGUUGCGGUGGAUCAUGUGGAGCUGGACAUCAAGGAGAUGCUGGAGCUUGGGAAGAAGGCCGCCAUCACCCGUAAUAGCAGCACUGCCAUCGAGCCGGAGGUGACCAGCACAGGGAGCAGGGCCUCAAACCACUACCCACUAUCAGCAGAGAGUUUUACAGAUGACAGUGAGGAGUGGACCGGUGAUGAUGAUGAACCCCUCUCUCCUGCCCCUGACACAGCGGAUACACUCGCACUACCAAUAGGCCACACCAGGACACUGUCAAUGCCAGACAUGGUGAACAAAGACCUACCCAUAAGCCACCAGCACAGUCAGAGCGCAGACAGCUCCAACGUCCAAGCAAGACACGAAGCACUUCAGAAGUUAUCUACAUUCUUCUAUUCGCCCAAACCUGUGGAGCCAGCUGCCAGCAAUAUUGAGCCAGAGACAAGUCCUGCACCUGUGAAGGAAGAACCAGUUCAGCUGCCUGAAGAGUCGAGUUCUACAGCAGACAUGGACAUGCUCAUUUUGCCUCCUCCUGAUCUGUAUGCUGACUUUGCCAGAGAGUAAUUAUCACACAACAAGUUUGUAACAGCGGAACAAAAAAGCAGCCGGGCUGUGACAGUAACUUCAUCUUCUCGACUUCGACCUUACUCACCUGGUGACUGCAUUCAUGGAUCCGUUUGCUGAGGAAGGAUUUCUGCAAACAGAACUCUUUGUGCGCUUUUUCCGAAGCACUUGGUGUGAAACCAGCGAGGGACAGUUUGCCUGCUGGCUCUGAGUGACUUUUGACCUGCUGAUCCCAGGACAGGAAUUACAAACUGUUGCAGACAUACACAGGCUUCCUGGGGGACUGUGACACUGCAGACUCUUGUAUGGGAAAUUACACACUUCAUGUGCCUUUUAAAUUUCUGGAAAUACCACCAGGUUAUCAGUGUCUGCGUAUUUAUCUUAGUCCACAUACAGCAGUCUCAAUGUUUGGAUGGAAUUAGUGUCCAACACGCUUGUUACCAGUUUACAGUGUUGGUAGCAAAAGAGUAAGUUAAUAGGAGGAGUUGAUAAAACUUACAGAUGAACAAAGACUUUGUUAGUUAUUAGAUUUGGUCACCGGCAGUAACUGAAAAGGCUUAGUGCAGCCAGACGUACCACACCAAGAACGGAUCCAUUCUCAGUAACAUGUUCUGUCCUCUUCUGCAUGUGCAUCUACAGAACUGUUUACUUUGUUCUCAAGAUAAUGUUGGUCGAUUUUUUUUCCCAAAAUGAUUGUGUUAUUGUGCCUUUUUUGUACACACGCAUCUUUUUAUACUUAUUUACCCUCAUUAUUUUGUUAAAAGGACAGUUAGACCCUAAAUCAAAAGUAUAUUUUUCCUCUUACUUGCAGCGUUGUUUAUUCUUCUGGGUUGUUUGUGGUGAACAUAACUGAACUAAAUGACACUCGGCUUGUUGUGCUCCAAGCACCAAAAAAACAACGUCUCGUUACAGUAAUCUGGACCCUUGGUGAUCCACAGACGUCGCUGUGAGCAGUUUCACGUGGGAACUGUAUUGUAAUCACCACGCAGAAGCAAGCAUGCAUCCACUUGUAGACUAGAGGCAAGCUAACUAAGCUGACGCCAGCCAUGAGUGAUGUUAUUUUUGUUUACAUCCUGCACUGUAACAAGCAUGAGAUCCUCGUCCAUGACUGGAUGCAUGCCUCCCUCUGCACAGUGACGCAGUUGGCAGGUGUGGUUCAUUAGAAAGGGUUAGCUUUCCAACGUUAAGCUGCUGGCAACAAGGUCUAUGGAUUAUCUUGAGUAAGCAGGUCAUGGUUCCUGGACAGAGACAUUUCUGUUGAGUUUUCCAAAUGUAUUUUUACAAGGCAAGUGUCACCUAGUUCCAUUAUAAUAAAGAGCUAUACAACUCUGAAACUCGCAUGAAAAUAAUGUAGAUGGAUAAAUAGCACUACAUAUAAGAGGAAACACAUGUCUUCAUGAAGUUGGGGUGAACAGUCCGUUUAAUUAACAUUAGAUAUUAUUUUACAUUAGGAUUGAUUAGUUUUUAACAUGUUAGGUUUAUAUAAUAAUGAUCUUUUAUGACAUACCAAUAAACAAGUAAAGAUUU